AUGAAGAUCCAUGAUCCCAUCUUUUUGUCACUGAUAUGUGUGUGUAUCGUUUUAACAGUUACCAAUUGCGGUCUAUGCAUUUCAACGGAGGCGCCAUCUAUGCUAUGUCAAUUCCAAGAAAAAGUUCUGAAGAGACGAACUCGUUCUUUUGUAUUCCCCAAAAAAGGUCAACUCCUGCUGACGCCAGUCUUUGCGAAAGCAAUCCUUGGUGGUAUACCCAAAGGUUUAACAUACUCUAUGGAAUUUGACAUGUAUCAUCCACUACCGGACACCGUUGAAGGUUGGAAACCCACUAUACUUUUGAAUCAAAUUGGAAAGAAGCAGAAAGUGGAAGAAAACCUGACUGUACUGACUACGAACAGUAGCACUGUCACAGGUUCGGGAAACGUGUCUCAAAACUAUGCUAAUAAUGAAGAAAGUUAUCAUUUCCCCGUUUACGAUGAUGUGGAGUACGGGACCAAUCCAUGGGCAUAUUAUAAUACAAUGAUCGAUAGUGAUCCCAGCCUUAUCUUCUCGCAUCAAGAAAACCCACACAUCGAGAGAUCCUCCCAAACACGAUCUCAUGCUCGACGGUUCCACACGCCGCCCAUUAGGAAACCAGUCGACUUCCAAGCAAAUGAAGCCGCAGACGCGAAUCCACUGCUUAGAGACGGUGAGAAGCUUAUUUGGCAUAAUAACCAAAAUUUACGCGAAAGAAGACAAAUUUUUGACCAACUGGAAAAACUUGGGAGAAUUUUUCAAAUCGACAUGAACUCCUGCAUACAAAGGGCCAUGUGUGAAAUAAAAACCCAUCUACCGCCUUUUGGAGAAUCUCUUAUGCACGACGUAAUGCGAAUAAUAUUAACUAUACCCAAAUCGUCAAAGACAUCUAGCGAAAACGAAAGUCCCGAUGAAUAUGGUCGCCAAUAUGCCAAUGUUAAUUGUGCUCUUCGAUUUUCAGUGUCGUGUCCCUAUCCAGUGUUGCCAUUUCUAGUAAAAGGAUUCAGUCGCUUAUAA